AUGUCGGACCUUUUCGUCGAGCUAACAGCGCCGAACGGCCACAAGUACAAGCAGCCACGAGGCUUGUUCAUCAAUAAUGAGUUUGUCAAAUCAAAGUCUGGGGAGACGAUCACUUCCAUAAACCCAAGUGAUGAGAGCGAGAUAGUUUCAGUCUACGCAGCAAGUGAGGAGGAUGUCAACGACGCAGUAGCAGCAGCACGCAAAGCAUUCAAGAGCCCAGAAUGGAGAGACAUGGACACGAACGCGCGAGCAGACAUUCUCUUCAAGUUCGCACAGUUGAUCGAGGAGCACAGAGAGACUUUGGCCACCAUCGAGACAUGGGAUAAUGGCAAGCCUUACUCUGUCUCACUGAACGACGAUCUUGGUGAAGUCAUUGGAACAAUCAAGUACUACGCAGGAUAUGCGAACAAGAUCCAUGGGCAGGUCAUCGACACGUCGCCCGCGAAGUUGGCCUACACACUCCGUGAACCGCUUGGUGUUUGUGGGCAGAUUAUCCCAUGGAACUUCCCUCUCGCAAUGGCCGCCUGGAAACUCGGACCUGCACUAUGCACCGGUAACACUGUAGUUUUGAAGGCAGCUGAGCAGACUCCACUUUCCAUCCUGUACCUCGCGACUCUUGUCAAGGAAGCUGGUUUCCCGCCAGGUGUGGUCAAUUUCAUCAACGGAGAAGGGAGGAAAGCUGGUGCGGCCCUCGCCCAACACCCUGACGUGGCCAAGAUUGCGUUUACUGGCUCGACAGCGACCGGCAAGGAGAUCAUGAAGAUGGCAGCUGGAACUAUGAAGAACAUCACUCUAGAGACUGGCGGAAAGUCGCCGUUGCUGGUCUUUGAUGAUGCAGACCUCGACCAGGCGGUCAAGUGGUCCCAUGUCGGUAUCAUGUACAACCAGGGACAAGUCUGUACAGCAACUUCGAGGAUAUUGGUGCAAGAUGGCGUCUACGACAAGUUCGUCUCUGCAUUCAGGGAGUACGUUGCGAAGACAUCUGUUGUUGGCGACCCUUUCAAGGACGACACCUUCCAGGGGCCACAGGUCACACAAGCGCAAUAUGAGCGCGUCUUAUCCUACAUCGAAGCCGGCAAAUCUGAGGGCGCAACCUUGGUAUCGGGAGGAAAGGCCUAUAAAGACGUCGGCGGCAAGGGCUUCUUUAUCGAGCCCACAAUUUUCUCAGACGUCAAGGAUGACCACAAGAUCUACCGCGAAGAAGUCUUUGGGCCCUUUGUUACAAUCAGCUCAUUCAAAACGGAAGAAGAGGCCGUUGAGCGCGCAAACGACACAACAUAUGGGCUUGGAGCUGCGCUGUUCACAGAAAACAUCACCAAGGCACACCGCGUUGCAAGGGCCAUCGAAGCGGGCAUGGUAUGGAUCAAUUCCAGCAAUGACUCUGAUAUCCGCAUUCCGUUUGGAGGCGUGAAGCAGUCUGGCAUUGGGAGAGAGCUGGGCGAAGCUGGACUUGAGGCUUACACAAACAAGAAGGCCAUCCACGUCAACCUGGGUACGAAGCUCUGA